GCGCUAAUUCUCUCAGUUGCCUUCGAUUUUACCUCUCAAACCCAUAGUUACAUGAACUUACCACAAGCUAAUCACUCGGACACAACCGCAGAAACUCUUGCUACAUUCCAAAUGCUGCCCACAGUCUGAUUUCAGUGACGGUCCAUGAACAAUAAGAUUAGCGAAAUCCGUGGUAUCAGUCCAUAAUCCACUUUGGUCCGCCACCCGCGAUUCUCAAGGUACUUGGUGAGGACCUGUAUAAAUAACUGAAGUAUCUUACGUCGUGUGUUUUCUUACAGCUCUUACUUUACUUACACAUGCGCAAAUGAAUCAAAGAUAAAACAUCAUUUUAAGAAGAAAUCCACCCUUAUCUCCCCAACUCAACACCACAGAAACAAUGAAGCAACUGUAGAGUAUGGAAUCCCAUUCGAUGUCACCAGAAACCAGUGCCAUGAUACCGUCAAGGACACCCAACUUAGCUGGCAUAUUCCACAAGUUCCCACACCUACCUCUGGAAUUGCGUCUUCUCAUCUGGAAACAAGCUCUUUAUCAGCUAGACAUGAAGGGGCAACCACUGUUUGCCAAGCUCCCGCAUACUUUGGAGAAAGAGGCUGCCCUCCUAGAAAUAUUUGAGCACACUACGGAGUCCUCAAAACUCGUCGAAUACCCAGAGCAUGCGCCCAGCAAUUGCAAACAAUUCUCGAUGCACGGUACACCUUCAAUGCAUUUCGUUGAUGCUAGCAUUUGGCUGGCGUGUAAGGAGUCUCAAACAGUGUUGAAGCAGGCCAUCAAAGACUGUGCUCGCAGUAAAUCCGAAGACAAGACGGUCAAGACUUCUGGUAGUCAAACAUUACGAGAGAUGCCAGAUUCGGACAGCAGCUCCGCCGACGCCACAGAUUCAUUCACCAGUCAAACUUGUCAACUCAAAACUGAUGGACGGGCGUCUGCCGUGACCUUCAACUGCGAACUCCUCUGCUAUCAGCUUUGGAAAGACAAGGAAGCGGUCAUACCAAGGCCACUUCGCUUCCCUCUCGAAUCCUUUGGUUGCGACUUCCUGGGAACCCUGGGAACCCGGGGCAUUGUCUUCGAGUACGACUACUCAUGAAUGUUCAAUUCGAUUAGAGAAUCGGUGUUUUCUAUGAUGGACUAGGAAAAUAUCAGAGGUUGCUUCUUAACAGCCUUGGACGACGCGGAUGAUGACGGGAGGGCGCAAAUCUAUCUCAUAGACUAUGGUCUCUGCCUGAAGCCUGGUGCUCGGCUUUCUCAGUGUUUUGACGGCGGUGACCGCAGGUUCAGUGAUUUCUACCAUUGUGAUAUUGACCUUGAUAGAAGCAGAUCUUUGGGGUCUCUGGACUUCCUCGAUGAGAUCAAGGAUUGGGCACAAUCGAUGUUAGACAGAUCGGGUUUUGGGACAACAGAUGACUUGAUUGUGCGGCCACCAAGCUGGAAGAAAUACAUCAAUGUGCACAGGCUUGUUCGUGUGCUCGCUUGUGAAUUAGCUCAGUAGUAAAAGAUUAGGAAUCUAGGGUUGCAUAGUGUUGAAAAAUAGAAGUACUGAGAGGU